CAUGGACACAACUGGGAAAGUGAUCAAAUGUAAGGCAGCAGUGGCCUGGGAAGCUGGUAAGCCUCUUUCCAUUGAGGAGGUGGAGGUUGCUCCACCGAAAGCCCAUGAAGUUCGAGUGAAGAUCCAUGCUACAGGUGUGUGUCACACUGAUGCGUACACUCUCAGUGGAAGUGACCCCGAGGGCUUGUUUCCUGUCAUCCUGGGUCAUGAGGGGGCAGGCACUGUUGAGAGUGUUGGUGAAGGGGUCACCAAAUUCAAACCAGGUGAUACUGUUAUUCCACUGUAUGUGCCUCAAUGCGGCGAGUGCAAGUUCUGUAAAAAUCCAAAAACCAACCUGUGCCAGAAAAUCAGAGUGACCCAGGGCCAGGGUCUGAUGCCCGAUAACACCUCCAGGUUCACCUGUAAAGGGAAGCAGCUCUUCCACUUCAUGGGCACCAGCACCUUCUCCGAGUACACCGUGGUGGCUGAGAUCUCUCUGGCCAAAGUAGAUGAACACGCUCCUCUGGAUAAAGUGUGUCUGCUGGGCUGCGGCAUCUCCACUGGAUAUGGAGCUGCCAUCAAUACUGCUAAGGUUGAAGCGGGCUCUACGUGUGCCGUGUUUGGUCUGGGAGCCGUGGGUCUUGCUGUCGUAAUGGGCUGCAAGUCUGCUGGCGCCACCAGGAUCAUCGGCAUCGACGUCAACCCGGACAAGUUUGAAAUCGCCAAGAAGUUCGGAGCCACCGAGUUCGUGAACCCCAAGGACCACAGCAAGCCUAUUCAGGAGGUGCUGGUGGAGCUGACAGAUGGAGGAGUUGACUAUUCCUUCGAAUGCAUCGGCAAUGUUGGCAUUAUGAGAGCUGCUCUCGAGGCUUGUCAUAAAGGCUGGGGAACCAGUGUGAUCAUUGGUGUAGCAGGAGCAGGACAAGAAAUCUCCACCCGGCCGUUCCAGCUGGUCACCGGCCGCACAUGGAAAGGCACCGCUUUUGGUGGCUGGAAGAGUGUGGAGAGCGUCCCAAAGCUGGUGAACGACUACAUGAACAAGAAGCUGAUGGUUGAUGAGUUUGUCACUCACACUUUGCCCUUUGCCCAGAUCAAUGAGGCCUUUGACCUGAUGCAUGCUGGGAAGAGUAUCCGAGCCGUCCUGCAGUUCUGAGCCUUGAAUUGAAGCCUGAGCCUCGUCCUGCAAACAAACUAAUCACGGUCACCUUUGUCUCAGUAGUUGCACUGUUCACUGUUGUGUUUGAGGUUGUUUUGAUUACGGUUAUCUGUGUGUCGGGUUUCAGUUGCACACUCAAUAAAUUUGAUUACCAAA